CUAUUUUCCACCUGCGUCAUCAGCAUCAGCAAGUGCUGGCUGCUGGCUGCUGGCUGGCACUGCUGGCAGGUGCUGUUUGGCCGUGUUUGCGGUCGGUUCAUGUGUGUUUAUCCGUGGUAUAUGACAGUUUGUUUUCCGUUUCUGACUUGCAUCUGGUGACCCGAGCGAGCAGCCACGACGUCAUUUACAUCGCAUAUGCUUUACAACUUCCAGAAAAAUGCAGUACCGUUUGCCACUAUUUUUAAUAGCUUUAAUAAUACAUACAUCGGUCGCACCGCCCGUCACGCAAAAGAAGGAUGGGGAUCACAAGGAUAAGGAGAACGAGAUCGACGACAUGGGGGAUAUGGGAACCGACUAUCAGUUAGAAUAUCAGAGGUAUUUGAAGGAAGUAGUGCAGACUCUGGAAAGUGACGAUGAUUUCCGCGCGAAAUUGGAGAAAGCCAAUGAAGACGAUAUACGUACGGGAAAGAUAGCGCAUGAACUGCAAUUCGUGGAUCAUAAGAUCAGAUCGAAGCUGGACGAAUUGAAACGAGAGGAAUUGGAGAGACUGAGACAUCUUGCUACCAAAGAGCAUAAUCUAAUGAAUGGUCUGGAUCUGGACCAUUUGAAGAUAGCGGAGCAUUUGGAUCACUCCAAUGCACAUACGUUUGAGAUAGAUGAUUUUAAGAAAUUGAUUGCCAAGACUACGCAAGACUUGGCAGAAGCUGAUAAACGAAGACGUCAGCAGUUUAAAGAAUAUGAGAUGGAAAAAAAAUUUGAGGAGGAGCAAAAGAUGAAGGGUAAUACUGAUAUGAAGGAAGAAGAAAGGAAAAAAUAUGAAGAGGAGCUAGAAGCGAUGAAAAAGAAACACAAGGAUCAUAAACCAUUACAUCACCCUGGUAGCAAGCAACAAUUAGAGGAGGUAUGGGAGAAACAAGAUCAUAUGGAAGACCAAGACUUUAAUCCCAAGACGUUCUUUUAUCUUCAUGAUUUGGAUGGUAAUGGUUUCUGGGAUCAAGAUGAAGUAAAAUCUCUGUUCCUUAAAGAAUUAGAUAAACUUUACUCAGAAGGCGCUCCAGAAGACGAUAUCUAUGAGAGACGCGAAGAAAUGGAAAGAAUGAGAGAACAUGUGUUUAACGAAGCUGACCUUAAUCACGAUGGUCUGAUAAGUUAUCAAGAGUUUUUGGAACAGACGAAGAAGCCCGAUUUCCAACAAGAUGAAGGAUGGCAAGGAUUGGACGAGCAACAGAUAUACUCUAAGGAAGAAUACGAAGUUUUCCUGAAACGCAGGAAUGAAGAGAUGCAGAACAUGGUUGCCAAAGGAAUGUCACCACCACUUCCAUUAUCUCCUGAUACUGCACAUCUACCUGUCCAACACGAACAGUUCCCACCGCAAUACCAGUUUCAAUCCCAGCAGUAUCAUCCGCAACAGAUACCUUCACAGCAACAAUAUGCAGGACAGAUACCACCGCAACAACCGAUAGUCGGCCAUGUGCCGCAACAAUACCAGGGACAAGUGCCGCAGCAACAAAUCUAUCAGCCUCCGCCACAACAACAUUAUUCCGAUCAGAUUCCACAGCAACAUCAGUACCAAGCGCAGCAGCCACAGUAUCAAGUGCCAGUACCGCAGCAGCAUUUCCAGGCUCAGCCACAGUAUCAGGGCCAUCCACAGCAUGCUCAGCCACAGUAUCAGGGCCAGCCACAGCAGGCUCAGCCACAGCAUGCUCAGCGACAGUAUCAGGGCCAGCCACAGCAGGCUCAGCCACAGCAGGCUCAGCCACAGUAUCAGGGCCAGCCACAGCAGGCUCAGCCACAGCAGGCUCAGCCACAGUAUCAGGGUCAACCACAGCAGGCUCAGCAACAAUCCCAGCCUCAGCAACAAUCCCAGCCUCAGCAAGUCCAACAACAAUCUCAAAGCCAACCUCAACAGAAUCAGCAGCAAACGCAACAACAAACGCAGAAUCAAGUGCCACAAAAUACUCACGAUAAUGCCCCGUCGAACAAUCAAGAAGUUGAACAACCCAGCCACAAUCUUCAAGAGAAUCCAAAGUCCGCCGAACAUGAAAUUAAUCAGAACAGUUUACCGAAAGUGCAGAAGGUGUAGAUAACGCAAAACGCUGAUCAUAUAUUUGGUGAAAGUGUUUUUAGUUUCUUUUUAAAUUAUGAAUAAAAAUAUCGUAUAGUUCGAUGGUUGCUGAUUUAAAGAAGCUAUAUAUAAUAUUUUUAAAAAAUUUGCGAUUUUAAAAAGUGCAAUAUAUAUAUAGAUACAUUCUAUACAAAAGAUAUCGAUAAAAAAUAAUUUUAUUUUAAAUAUGUAUAUAAAAUAUUAAAUUUGUGUAUGUACAUAUAUAUUGACAUAUACAAUAUUAAACUUGGUUUUUUGUAGGCCAUCGAAUUCAUUCAACAGAAAUUGUUCCUAAACAUGAUAGAACAAAAUUUUUUCCUUGUUAGAAAGUUAUUUCUUUAUUCGAUACUCGAAAAAAUUUCAGUUAUUUAUAUUGUAUAAAUAUAUUAAUCGCUUGAAUAAAUGUUUUCCG